AUGUUGUAUCCAAAAGAAGACAAAGAAAAUCGUAUCCUGCUGUAUGCGUGUCGAAACUGUGACUACCAGCAGGAGGCUGAUAAUUGCUGCAUUUAUGUCAAUAAAAUCACACAUGAAGUAGAUGAACUGACUCAGAUCAUUGCAGAUGUAUCUCAGGACCCCACACUGCCCCGUACAGAGGAUCAUCCCUGUUCAAAAUGUGGACAUAAAGAAGCGGUGUUCUUCCAGUCUCACAGUGCGAGAGCUGAGGAUGCCAUGAGAUUGUAUUAUGUCUGCACUGCUCCACACUGUGGUCAUCGCUGGACUGAGUGA